AGGCAGGUGAGUUUCAGGGUUGGAGGUGCAUCUGACCGCUUUAAAAACCCUCCUGACCAUCCGAUUCAGCACAUUUUCCACUGUUUUCCACAGGUCGCGAGGAUGAAAGCUCAGGUGUGCUGCUCGUUGAUUGCGGUUUUGUUGUGUCUCUCGGUUUACUUGAGCACAACAGACGCCAACAAACUGGUCACAGAAAAGCCAGGAGUGUGUCCAAUCAGUAACAUAGGAGCGUGUGUUGAGUUGUGUUCCCAAGACGGUAACUGUCCAAAAGAUGAGAAAUGCUGCAGCAAUGGAUGUGGACAUCAGUGUAUGCCUCCAUAUAAAGAAAAGCCAGGAGUGUGUCCAAGCAGUAACAUAGGAGCGUGUGUUGAGUUGUGUUCCCAAGACAGUAACUGUCCAAAUGAUGAGAAAUGCUGCAGCAAUGGAUGUGGACAUCAGUGUACGGCUGUAUCUAAAGUAAAGCCAGGAGUGUGUCCAAAGAGAUUCCCUGGAGUAGGAUUGUGUAAAGGGUUGUGUGUCAAUGACAUUGACUGUCCGAAUGAUGAGAAAUGCUGCAGCAAUGGAUGUGGACAUCAGUGUACGGCUGUAUCUAAAGUAAAGCCAGGAAUGUGUCCAAGGAGAUUCCUUGGAGUAGGAUUGUGUAAAGGGUUGUGUGUCAAUGACAUUGACUGUCCGAAAGAUCAAAAAUGCUGCCGCACUAAAUGUGGACGUGAAUGUACACCUCCAUUUAAAGUGAGGCCUGGUCUAUGUCUCAAACCAAAUGUGUGCUGAUAACUCUUCCCAUGAUGAUCAGUAUGCUGCCAGACAGAAGUGUUGCCCAACCACCUGUGCAUGCAGCUAACCAUGCCAGUUUAGCCAUCGGGAAAAAGUCCUCGAUUGUUCGCUGCGUUUUUCUUUUUCUUUUUUUGUCCAUGCUAUACUUGAUCUUUUCAAUUCAUUAAAUCUCAUAGCUUAGUGAAA